AUGACGAUCGGUUUACUGUUUGACUUGAUACCCUCGAUCGGCGAAUCUUUGCAAGGCUACAAAUGCAAAUCGGCCUCAGAGCAUCAUGCAAAAUGGAAACAGCAAGUCGCAGCUAUUGUGAAGGAGCUACAUGCCCAUGAUAUUGUAUGGGGUGAUGUUCAUCCUGGAAAUAUCGUCAUCGAUAAGAAUUACGAUGCCUGGGUCGUGGAUUUCGGCGGUGGAUGGGUUUCGGAAUUUGUUGAUCGCAAGAAAGCGGGUACAAAAGAAGGUGAUUGGCAAGGGAUUCAAAGAAUCUUCGACGAAUGGAUUACUCGGAAGGAGUGA